AUUGAGCUUACAAGCCAUAUUGUCUUACACCGGGGAUAAUCGGAUUGUCACCUCCGCCAAGGAGGUUAUGUUUACACCAGUUUGUUCAUGGGUUGGUUUGUUUGCUGGAGGGCUUUAGGAUGUGAUAUUGGUCAGAGAAGAACCCAUUACAUUUUUUAUUGGCUAUCCAGGAAUGCACUCUAUUAAGUGCCAUUCUAGAUUCUUAUAUUAAAAAGACUGACUUUUGAGAACCAACUCACAAAUCUGAACUGCCAGACCAUCUGUAAAUAUUCAUGUGUGUUAUGAAGACUGAAGAAAUAUCCCGUCCCAAAUGCAGCUGGUAGUCAAUGGGCUGAAACAUAUACAACUCCUAAGCAACACAAAACAUUUAAACUAUUUGUAGCACUAAUUCAAGGCUAAUAAACCGAGUAAUGAUCAAAUGUGUCCUUCUGUUCUUUGCCUCAUGUGACUGUAAAAAGAACCAACUUUAUUUUGAGGCAUGUCAAAAGGAUGUGAGUUCUACCAUAACAAAGAAACUCUAGCUGGAGCCAUUGUUCUCUGGAUGUGGAAGGAAGUAGCUCAAGAAUAUUCCCCGGUGGAAAGCCUUUGCUUAGAAAGAGGUCCGGUCAGUUGGCCGCUCGUCACAGCCACAGAGGAUCUGUUUCUCCAAAGCUUCUUCAACUUUGGCUUCAUUACUGAUGGAGGUCUCCUGCCUGGAGCUGGCUUUGGAGGGUGAGCGGCUCUGUAAGGUGGGCGACUACAGAGCGGGUGUCUCCUUCUUCGAGGCUGCCAUCCAGGUGGGCACAGAGGACCUGCAGGUGCUCAGCGCCAUCUACAGCCAACUGGGAAAUGCGUACUUCCACCUGCACGACUACGCCAAAGCCCUCGAGUUCCACCGGCAUGACCUCACCCUGACCAGAACCAUCGGGGACCUGCUCGGGGAAGCCAAAGCCAGUGGUAACCUUGGCAACACAUUAAAGGUGUUGGGGCGGUUUGAUGAGGCUGUAGUUUGCUGUCAGAGGCACUUGGACAUAGCCAGAGACAUGAUUGACAAGGUGGGUCAGGCGCGAGCUCUGUAUAAUUUUGGGAACGUUUACCACGCCAAAGGCAAAAGUAUCUGCUGGAGCGGAGCUGAGCCUGGAGAAUUCCCAGAGGAGGUGAUGACCGCACUGAAGCAGGCAGCUGAGUACUACGAGGCCAACUUGGCGAUAGUGAAGGAGCUUGGAGACCGGGCCGCCCAGGGUCGGACGUAUGGGAACCUCGGCAACACACACUAUUUGUUGGGAAACUUCCGCAAAGCUGUGGCUUCUCAUGACCAGCGCUUGCUCAUAGCGAAGGAGUUUGGUGACCGCUCGGCAGAGAGACGCGCUUACUGCAACCUGGGGAACGCCUACAUCUUUUUGGGAGAAUUUGAAGUGGCAGCCGAGCAUUACAAGAGGACACUGCAGCUGGCCAGGCAGUUGAAAGAUCGAGCUGUUGAGGCCCAGGCCUGCUACAGUUUGGGCAACACCUACACCCUUCUCCAGGACUAUGAGAGAGCCAUAGACUACCAUCUCAAACACCUCAUCAUAGCCCAGGACCUCAACGACAGGAUUGGGGAAGGCCGUGCUUGCUGGAGUUUAGGAAAUGCUCACACUGCACUGGGGAACCAUGAUCAGGCCAUGCACUUUGCUGAGAAGCACCUGGAGAUCUGCAAAGAGACUGGAGACAGGAGUGGGGAGCUGACGGCCCGUAUGAAUGUGUCCGACCUCCAGAUGGUUCUGGGUCUGAGCUAUAGCACAAAUAACUCCACCUUCUCAGAGAAUAAAGAUAUAGACUACAACCAGCAUGGAGCGAAACCCAGGAUGAGCAGGAGACACAGCAUGGAGAACCUGGAGCUGAUGAAACUGACUCCAGACAAGCUGAAUAAUCAGAAGUGGAACAGCGACAUCCUGACCAAACCGCCCAAACCCUCAUUGGCUAAGAGCACCGCCAAGCUGUUCUUUGUCAAUCGUCUCCGCGGGAAGAAGUAUAAGGCCGGAGGCUCCAGUAAGGUCCUCCAGGACACCAGCAACACGCUGGACACCAGUCAGACGUCUGCACAGGGACCUCAGAAGCGUCUCAGUCCUGAAAUGCUCGGAGACGAGGGCUUCUUUGACCUGCUGAGCCGUUUCCAGAGCAACCGCAUGGAUGACCAGCGCUGCUCCAUACAGGAUCAGGGCAGCAGGGUGUCGUUGAACAGUGACCCGGAGCAGCCUCCAAGAGCCAUCAGGAAAUCCUCGUCCGAGUCUGCCAACAUCACGGGCGGACAAGGCCGGCGGUUAGAGGAGCCAUCGACAGCGGGGGGGGGCCUGCCCGGCCUCCGGCUCCAUCAGAACAGCAACCAGGCCGUGCUCAACCACUUGAUGGCCAAUGCAGACAACGCUGAGGCUGACGACGACUUCUUCAACAUGCUCGUCAAGUGCCAGGGGUCCCGUUUGGAUGACCAGCGCUGUGCCCCUCCCCCCCCUCCGGUCCGAGGGCCCACCGUACCAGAUGAGGACUUCUUCAGCCUCAUCAUGCGCUCCCAGGCCAAACGGAUGGAUGAGCAGCGCGUCACCCUGCCCUCUGGGCCGAGCGCCAACGCCAGGCCCCCCUCCAACUAAGCACUAAAGGGACAGACAGGCUUUUUUUCUGUAAAUCUCAUGUAGCAGUGGACGAUAUUGUUGGGUGGUCGUUCAGGAGAAAGCCUUGUCUCUCUUUGAAUUUCUCCUUUUGGACAAAACAAAGCACUGUCUUUUAUAUGUAGAAUACAGUAACACAAAUGAGGACUUGUUUUGCACAACUCCACAACAGCAACAAACUCAGUCGUAUCAGGGACACGUGUUGUUUUUUUAUUCCUUGUUUUUCCUUAUUCUGUUCCCCUGCAUAUUUCACUUCACGUGUAUUUUUCAAUACACAACUUCAGUUUGUAUUUAUUGUACUUUUUCUGAUCGUUAUGAUUCUGCUAACUGCCGUCCCACCACUAUAAAGUUAUGUGGUUAUUCUCAGAGUGAACGCUGAGGUAGAGCACUCUAUCCAUGUUUUUUGUUUUGUAUGUGAGGACUUGGUUUUGGUUUUAAAGUUACCGAGGUCAGACAGAAAAUGAACAAAAAAACUAUUUGAACAAGCUAUGAAUUUAACCCGUGUACAGCCCGAACUUUUGUACUAAAUCUUUUGAGUGGGGAUGAAUAAAGCCUCAUUCCUGUAGA